AUGAGAGGGGGAGACAUGAGGCGGUGCUCUGAAUAGGAAGCAGAGGGAAGGAUGGGAAGAGAUUAGUGCUGCACUCUGUGGACUCAUCACUCAAUGAAAGAACACUCUACAAACAACAAGGGUGCUCAGCCUCAGGAGAACUGCAUGGGAAAGAUGCGAGUUUCAUUUUUGGGAAAUAUAAAACUUGCUGGAAAACGCUUUGGACUUACUGGAUAUUUUCAAAUCAGGAUAAUCGAACUUCUAAUAAUGGAUUGAUGCAUCAAAGUAAGAAAAGAGGAACCAGAUCUAGGAGGGUUCUAAGUGACUUUUCUGGUAGGCUUUCCUGUGUAUAAAUGUAAAACAAAUUUGAAUUUUUAUUAAGUGCUCCAGAUUCCUUGCUCCAGAUACUGUCCAUCUGCUCUUGUGAAAUACUGGAGGACAUGACAAUUGUAAAAUGACCUUCCUGGGAUUUAAGAGCAGAGGGCUUCCUUUGUUGAGUGUUUCUCCGAUGUUCCUGAUGUAAUCCUUUUAACGUGCAACCAAAAAAAAUGAUCUCUACCUAUUAUAUGGUUUUGUUCUCGCUCUUGUUUCGGAUCUCAGGAGCUAGUUGUCCUCAUGGCUGCCUGUGCACCUCUGACAUACUGAACUGUGGCUCUUUAGGUCUGGAUAGAUUUCCCAACCUGCUUCCAGUCACGACUUCUGUCUUGGACCUCAGUCAUAACAGACUAACAUGGCUGGCAGCCGACAGCUUCUACGGGCUCCCAAGGCUGCACUCUUUGCAUAUGUCCCAUAACCGCAUCUCCUUGCUCAGCCUGGGAGCUUUCCAUAACGCCAGCGGUCUACGAUACCUGGACCUAUCUUCCAACAAAUUACAGGUGGUGGGGAAGUAUCACUUCCAGAACCUACCGGCCUUGGAGGUGUUGUUGCUGUACAACAACCGUCUUUCCCACGUGGAGAGCAACACACUAAUGGGGCUCGGUAGUCUCAGAAAGGUUUAUUUCAGCUUCAACCAGAUCACAGACUUCCCGUUCUUCUCAGUUCGCAAGCAUAGCCACCCCAACCUGGUUACGCUGGACCUCUCCUCAAACCGUCUGUUUCGUUUACCCAUGGAUGACAUUGUGCUGUUGCCUGUUGCGGUGCAAAAAGGCCUGUUUCUGCAUAACAACAGUCUGGAGUGCGAUUGCUCUGUGUACCGCAUGUUUUGGCACUGGGAGCAGAAGGGAUAUGCAAGCGUGAAAGACUACAAGGAUGACUACAAGUGUCUGAAGUACGGUGAACCUCAAAUCUCAAUUAAUUUUCUGCGCUCUACACACUUCUUUGAGAAUUGUACAAUUGGGAAGAUGAUAUCCCUGAUAUCCCCCAAGGCUGAUAAAGUUGUUUAUGAGGGUGAACAAGUGAGACUGGACUGCACUGGAACACUAAAUGGAGAAGACCUGUCCUACAGCUGGAUCAUUCCUCAUCAAGAGAACAUCUCUCAGCUGAUCCAGAACGGAACUCUACGCCUCAAUCAAGACGGUAGCUUGGAUAUUCUUGCUGCCCAGUCCAUAGAUUCGGGGGUCUACCAGUGCACUGCUGUGGAUAAUACGAGGAUGAUAAAUGAGUCACGAGAAGUGAACCUAACUGUCGUAGCCCAGCGCUCCUCAGAGGAGCCGUUCAACACAGGCUACACCACUCUUUUUGGGUGUGUUGUGACCCUUGUCCUGAUAUUGAUGUAUCUGUAUUUAACCCCAUGUCGCUGUGGUUGCUGCAAACCUCCUCCCUCCUCUCCAGUCAUCUCAACCUUUGGGGAAGACCGCUGCACUCUGGCCUCUAUCUUUGCAGAUCCUUCAACUGAUCGACUCAAGGGCAAGUCUCAGUCCGACAGGCAUGUAAUGUUCCUUGAGCCACUCAUGGCUGGGAAAAACGGCCAUAUGAAAGCUGCAUUUGUUGUUGAACAGCCUGCAGUUGAAUGGGACACAGAAAACAUUACCAUUAUCAGCUAAAGAAAUUACAGAGUACCACAUUUGUAAUUUCAAAAUCCUACAGGAUUGAUUAACCUGUUUGAGGUACAAGUAUCACCAAUUUAUCUGUCAUUAUUCCCUAAUAAAUUAUUUUGAUCCUCAGA